AUGAUCAUCGUUGCGGGGUCUUUCGCCUUGACUCCAGCCGCCGCUUUAAGAUAUGAAAGAUAUGACCGAAAAGUGAAGCAACUCACACAAGAGGAAGCUAUGGAGUUGGGGCUCAAAGGGGCAGAUGGUGAAGAGGGAAUUAGGAGAAAUCCACGCAGAAGAGUUCUCGGAGAUGAGAGGGAGGAAUAUUAUCGGCUCAUGGCCAAAGACCUGGAUAAUUGGGAACAAAAACGAGUCCAGAGGUUUAAGGGGGAACCUGAUGGGAAACUUUAA